UCGCUAAAUUGCGUAGGUGUUGUUAUUUUUGUCGCUGCGUGCGUACUGCUUAUUUUAAUUUUAGUUUGCAAAAAGGGCAAGAUGGCAAGUAGGUUAUACAUUGCAGCUAUUUUCAUUAUCGCAGCAGCUUUUCAGUCUGCCAAUGCUGCAUCGUGCCCAACGGGAUGGCAGGCUUUUGGUAACAGCUGUUAUUAUUUCGGAACGAAUUUCAAUGGGAUGACAUGGUAUGAUGGAUCCGCGUUCUGCCAGGCGUUUCGCGCCCACCUGGUGGAAUUAAACGAUCAGGCAGAGCAUGAUUUUGUCCAAAAUAAAGUGAAAGCACUAAGCUGGUCAGAUGGGCCGUGGGUGGGAAUGGUCCGCGUUAGCCCUGGAACCAACUGGGUCUUGUCUUCUACGCGCUCCUCAAAAUCGAACGAUAACUCUUACAACCAAAGGAUGGAUGGUCUGGCUAAAGCAUCCUCGCAUGAUUGCGGCGGUUUUGACAGAAGAGGAAAUAUUGGAUUCUGGAGAUGUAGGAAUGGCGGAAGUCCCAUUUGCGAAUUUGAGGCAUAAAGCAGACCAACCAUGUGUCGGAUCAACCACACUAACGCCGUCAUAGGGACACACAGUGACCUUUAAAAUAAUUUCAUGUUACGCGAUUGUGGAUAUGCGUAUUUAUAUAAUUAAAAACAACCAAAGCGUUUCUCGUCUUUUAUAUUUUUCUAUCAAUUUGUUGCCCCACAUUACAAAACGAAUUGUUAAACGACACGAAUUAUAAAAGUUUCAGCGUGA